AUGGCAUCAACGCCCAUCAGAACCAGCAAAAUCCCCCGACGUGGUACUCUAUCUCCAACAGUCAACCAAGAAAGUAUCAGCCCUCAAGAAAAUGGGAACUCCCAAAGCAUAAGUCCUCAUCUACCAACUGAAGCUCUGCCUGCUACUGCCCAGGAUGAGGUUCCUCUUGUUUCUCAAUUGACGCAGGGCCUUGGGGACUGUGAUUGGGAGCAACUACAAACCAAAUACUCUGAUGCAAUGGAAGAACAUAGCCGAGUGGAAGAAAAUCUUCGCCUUGAAACAGCAAAACUGCUCGAGAUCUUCAUGGCUUGGUCUCAAACCACUGUCUUGCAAGAUGAGAACCGAGCAUUGAAAAGAUUUAAAACUCAGAUGCAGCAUGUUCAGCACUCGGAAGUCAGCAUGGAAAACAAAAGAAAGCAUUACAUGGAGGUUGUGAAAGCUUUCCAAAGCGCUCUUGCUCUACUUAACGAGCAGCUGAAGGUUUAA